ACUCGAGGCACCAGGGGUGGAGGGGACAAGCGGCAGUUGGUGUAUGUGUUCACCACGUGGCGCUCCGGUUCGUCCUUCUUCGGCGAGCUCUUCAACCAGAACCCUGAAGUGUUCUUUCUCUACGAGCCUGUGUGGCACGUGUGGCAAAAACUGUACCCCGGGGACGCGGUUUCCCUGCAGGGGGCAGCGCGGGACAUGCUGAGCGCUCUCUACCGUUUCCAGUUGUAUAGCCCCGCUGGCAGUGGGGGGCGCAACCUCACCACUCUGGGCAUCUUUGGGGCAGCCACCAACAAGGUGGUGUGCUCCUCGCCACUCUGUCCCGCCUACCGCAAGGAGGUCGUCGGGCUGGUGGACGACCGCGUGUGCAAGAAGUGCCCACCUCAACGCCUGGCACGCUUCGAGGAGGAGUGCCGCAAGUAUCGCACGCUGGUUAUCAAGGGUGUGCGCGUCUUCGAUGUGGCUGUGUUGGCGCCGCUGCUUCGAGAUCCAGCCCUGGACCUCAAGGUCAUCCACCUGGUGCGUGAUCCUCGUGCGGUUGCCAGCUCCCGUAUCCGCUCGCGCCAUGGCCUCAUCCGGGAAAGCCUACAGGUAGUGCGAAGCCGGGAUCCCAGAGCCCACCGCAUGCCCUUUCUGGAGGCUGCUGGCCACAAGCUGGGUGCCAAGAAAGAGGGUAUAGGUGGGCCAGCAGACUACCAUGCCCUGGGCGCAAUGGAGGUCAUCUGCAACAGUAUGGCCAAAACGCUGCAGACAGCCCUGCAGCCCCCUGACUGGCUGCAGGGACACUACUUAGUGGUGAGGUACGAGGAUCUGGUAGGAGACCCGGUUAAGACCUUACGGAGGGUGUAUGACUUUGUGGGGCUGCUGGUGAGUCCCGAAAUGGAGCAGUUUGCCCUGAACAUGACCAGUGGUUCAGGGUCCUCCUCCAAGCCUUUCGUGGUGUCAGCUCGCAAUGCCACUCAGGCCGCCAAUGCCUGGCGGACCGCGCUCACCUUCCAGCAGAUCAAACAGGUGGAGGAGUUUUGCUACCAGCCCAUGGCAGUGCUGGGCUAUGAGCGGGUCAAUAGCCCUGAGGAGGUCAAAGACCUCAGCAAGACCCUACUUCGGAAGCCCCGGCUUUGAGAGGGGUUCCCAAGAGAUCUGACGCCCACUGGAGACACCCACAAAGAGGAUGGUGUUGUGUUUAAACAAACACAGCCCAGACCCAAGCUGAGGAAGCCCACAUAUUCUAUUAUAGAUAUAUAAUAUAAAUAACCACACAGGCACUUGCUGUCAACGUUUUGAGUCAGUGAAUUUCAAAGAACAGCCUCAACACACGCGCACAUGCGUGCACGGUCACACACACACACACACACACACACACACACACACACACACACACACACACACACACCUCAGAAAAAGGCAAGACUUGAAAGUACUGACAAAUUGCGUGCCCCCUGCCUCUUCUCCCUCUCCCCUUCUCAUCCUCUCCCCCUUCUUUCCUCCAUAUUGAAGAGGAAUGUUGCUAAAUCAAGUUCCAGUAACCCAAAUCUUGUUUACAAAUUUUUUGUGGUAUCUGUGAAUGUGUAAGAUUAAUUUGGAUGUGGGGUGGGGGUGGGUGGAGAAGGGGGAAGUGGUCCCAGAGCAGAAAGCCCCCACACGGGCUGGUAAACCAUGGAGGCAUUCUUCAAAAGUAGACUUUUGUGUAAACAGCAAAGGUUACAUGUGAGUAUUAAUAAAGAAGAUAAUAAAUGAUAUUCUUUUUUUUAA